AUGUCUGGUGGCGGUCGUGGACAGGGUGCCGCCCCUGACGUCUGCCCGCCAACCUCGCCCAGCGUUCCCAGCAGUCUCCGAACGCUGACCACCGCUGCUCCCGUCGCACCAUCACCAUCAUUGGCAUCAUCUUCGUCACUGACAGCUUCAUAUACCUCUUCCAUGAAUGCCAGCGGAAGAGUGGUGGCUGCAUCCUCAGCCGUAGUAGGACCAGUCACAGGAGGAGGCCGGUCAUCAGUUCGCUCCACAACUCCGACACGGACAGCAAGUCCGCCUGCGACUGCUGCGGGACCAUCAAGCGCAGCUCUGUCAAGCUCAACUCUGCCAAGAUCAGCCCCGUCAAGCACCGCGUCGUCGCGCCCAUCGCAAGGCAGACUAGCCGCUGGUACCGUUGGUGUCGCUGGGUCUUCCCCGGCCUCGUCCCCGUCCUCGUCCUCGUCAUCAACGUCCGGGUCAUCGUCAUCACUCGCUGCACCGCUCCAGUCACUCAAGGCGCUCUUCUUCAAGCCAAAGCGCGCGGCCGAUUCGCGCCCGCUGGCAGCCUUCUUCAAGGCAGACCAGCAGCUCAAGAAGCUGGUGCGGGAGCUGGACGCCUUCGACGGAUCGGUCGACGCAGAGACGUGCGUGCUGAUGGUGCAGAAGCUCAGAACGUCACAGCAGACCCUGCUGAACAUUAUCAACGCUAUGGUGGACGAGUGCACUGCUCAGCUGCGAACCAGCGCCAGCCGGGUGGAAGAGCCGCCGCUCCGAUCGAAUCGCGGUUACCGUGUCAAAUUCCCAGAGGAUGUCCAGGAGGACUUGAACCAAGGGUACUAUGCUCCGCUGUGGUUUAACGCAGAGUGCCUCGAGGCCGGUGCAAUCAUGGCCACGCACGAAGAUGCGUCAGAAGAGCUCAGGCAACCUGCCAGGCUGCUCGUCAACUCGAUCAAGCGACUUCGCAACUCCAUCGUCCAGUAUGGAGCAUCGUCGCCGUCCUCGUACGAUCGGGCUCCCGGCAUCUCAUACCAUCCUGCU